AUGGUGAACCCUCAAGUAACGAACCUGGCCAUCAUCGUGGUGAUGAUGCAGCUGGCGAAGAAGGUUCCUUUUGAUAACCCGGAUGUCCUGCUCCUUGUCCGCGGCAUUUACAUCCUGUCCAACGUGAUCAUCCUGGGCCUCUAUCUUUAUACUCAGGCAAAGAUCAACAAGAGGAAUGAUCUCACUACAUUGAAAUAUGUCGAGCCUGCUCCUCUUGGCAGCGGCGAAGAGGCCCGGCCUGUUACCACCACCAACAUGGAGUACGAUAAGGGACAGCUGCGCCAGCUCAUUAAGAGCCAGCUGAUGGGUGUUGGAAUGAUGGGUGUGAUGCAUCUUUAUUUCAAGUACACCAACCCCCUUCUGAUCCAGUCGAUCAUCCCCCUCAAGGGUGCCUUUGAGGCAAACCUGGUGAAGAUCCACGUCUUCGGAAAGCCUGCCACUGGCGACCUCCAGCGCCCAUUCAAGGCUGCCAACAGCUUCUUCAACCAGGGCCAGGUCAAGACGGACAAGGCUUCUCUUGAGAGCGCAGAGAAGAACUGGCGGGGCGGUGUCAAGGAGGAGUAA